CCACGCACGCUGCGUUCGACAGUCUUCAUUUCCACUUUGUAAAACAAAAACAAAGAAACACUGAUCGAUGCUCACCCAAUUGCACAGACUGCUGAACUAAACUGAAGAUGCCAACGCAAAGCGUACUUGUCCGAGAUUCCUCUUUUCUGAGGAGGGUACUACAGCAGUACCUGAGUUUGUUAAAGAAAUAUCCAGUCAUCACCAAAUCGGUUACGAGUGGUUUUCUAUCUGCUGUGGGAAAUCUUCUAUCUCAAGCUUUGGAGUACAGGAAGAACAGCAAAGAAAAUAGCCCGAAAAAGAAAAUCAGUUUUCUGGGACCUUUACACUAUGCAAUAUUUGGACUUUUUAUCACUGGUCCAGUCAGUCAUUACAUUUACCAGCUCUUGGAGGUGCUGUUGCCAACCACUGUCCCAUACUGCCUGAUCAAGCGCCUUCUGCUGGAACGUCUAAUAUUCGCCCCUGCUUUCCUCUUGCUCUUUUACGUGGUUAUGAAUGCUUUGGAGGGCAAGACACUCACAGAUGUUCAAAACAAACUUAAAACAAGUUACUGGCCUGCAAUGAAGAUGAACUGGAAAGUUUGGACCCCAUUUCAGUUCAUCAAUAUCAACUAUGUACCUGUACAGUUUCGAGUGCUGUUUGCCAACCUGGUUGCUUUAUUCUGGUAUGCCUACCUAGCCUCUGUGAGGAAAUGAAACCUCAAAACCAGCUACAGUGCACAUAGGUUGGUGUGGAUUGGUUAAAUCCAGUUUGUGUUUUUAAAGGACUGCUGCGCAUUAGAUAGGCCCUAUGUUUCAAAUGUCUUCCCUGGACAACUGACAGGAAAUAUGGUCAGUUUCUAUAAAAUAACUGUGAUUUGGGUCAGUGCUGAGAUAUUCUGAAUGUCUAUGGAGGCACUGACAAUGAUGUCAGGAUUUUGAUUGUUGUAUUUGAUUUAAAAACACUGAUUACAAAGAAAAACUAAUUUUUAGCAGUUUCUAAUACUUCUGCUAUUAUCUUCACUCUUUAACUGAGUUGAUCUACAUUAAUAGCAGUGGUCUUGCUAAUACAUUUGGUAUACUUGUAUAGCCCUGACAAAUGCAGACAAUGUUGUUGUUUUUUAAUGACAUUUGAUUUAAAUGAAUUACCAGCACACCAAUAAAAUGUAUUUUAAUUCAA